AUGAUUCAGCGGACACAGUCGUCGUCCCGCCGGCGUCGUACCCUACCAGCUAGCAUGGCAAUUCCGAAUCAACUUCUCAUCUGUUCUGCUAUCAAAGUAUUGAUUGUUCUGCUGACUAUCGUCGUGUUGAUCCUGCUUGAUCCCACGUAUGUCACUGCGUACAUUUCCGUCAACUACGAGAUUGUGCUCAUUUACAUCGUGUCAGCACUCACGCUACUCUAUUGCAUUGUUUCUAUCAUCAUGUAUUUCCUUCUCGCAAGACGAGGAGAAGAAACACCACUCACCAACUGCUCACUUUCGGAAGUGAUCUUCUCAACAGCCGGCAUUAUGGGAUGGUUGAUCAUAAUCGGAAUCGGUGGCACAAUCUCGCAGCGGACAAUCAUUGAGACUGGCGAGCGAUUCGGCUGGAUUGGAGCACUUGCCGGUAUCAUUGUCGCUUGUUUCCUUGGUAUCGCCGCAUUGUUUACAAUGAACGUCAUCAAUGACAAGAUACUGGCAACCGGACGUAUGAGGAAGUACGAGAAAGGCUAUCCGCAAUAA